AAGCGAACCCCACAGCAAUCCUGCCUCUUUUGGCUUAGAGAUGUUGUAAACGACAAGCAAAGUUUUGUCUUUGUUCCCUGCUUUUCAUAAAACCAAAAUCUAAAGCCUGUAACUCUCUCUUGUCCCAAGGGAGACUGUGUAAAAGGGAGUGAAAAGAAGCCUUGUGGGUGAGGGGUGGCAGAGAAGAUCGGGGGACAGCGGAGGAGAGGCGCGAGCCAGUCUCUAGCAGGAGGGCGUGGAUACCGGUGCAAGCUCGAACAGGUCCAGCCUUCUGGAGACCUGUGCCAACAGCAGGAGGGGACAGACGGAAUCUCUGUGGGCAGACCAGGGUGUGGAUCCGCGGAGAGCGCCCAACUAGAAACUCCCCUGGAUCCGCCCAGAGGGUCUGGACCUUGCUACUCCCUCUCGCCCGCCCCUGUGAGCCAGCUUAAGGAGAAGUUUCCCCAAGGGAAGACACCCGACAGAUCGGACGUCAGAGUGGGCUCAGGUUCUGUAAAUAGCAGACAAUGACCCUGUCGUGAUACUCCAGGCAGAUCAUAGUGGAACUAAAUUUACUGGUUUCCCACAUUUUCCUCAGUUGGGAUUGGAAAGUACUAGGACAUUAAGUUUUUCAGUCUCUGUGUGUUGCCUCCUUUCUGAAGAAUGAUGGGGCUGCUGUUACAUGGAAGAGGACUGAUCCUGAGUCUAAUUUUCCUCCUGGUUAAGUUGUCAAGAGCUGAAAUACCACUUUCAGUUCAACAGGUUCCAACGAUCAUAAAGCAGUCAUAUGUGCAAGUUGCCUUUCCCUUUGAUGAGUAUUUUCAAAUUGAAUGUGAAGCUAAAGGAAACCCAGAACCAAAAUUUUCAUGGACCAAGGAUGGCAAACAUUUUGAUCUUUCUGACCCCAGGAUAAUUGUAUCUAACAAUUCAGGCACAUUCAAGAUCCCAAAUGAGGGGCACAUCUCUCACUUUCAAGGGAAAUACCGCUGUUUUGCAUCUAAUAGACUAGGAACUGCAAUAUCAGAAGAAAUAGAGUUCAUAGUUCCAGGUGUUCCAAAAUUCCCAAAAGAAAAAAUUGAACCCUUGGAUGUGGAAGAAGGGGAUUCCAUUGUCCUGCCCUGCAACCCUCCCAAAGGCCUCCCACCUUUGCAUAUCUAUUGGAUGAAUAUUGAAUUAGAACACAUUGAACAAGAUGAAAGAGUAUACAUGAGCCAAAAGGGAGAUCUGUACUUUGCAAAUGUGGAAGAAAAAGACAGUCGAAAUGAUUACUGUUGCUUUGCUGCAUUUCCAAAAUUAAGGACGAUUGUACAAAAAAUGCCAAUGAAACUAACUGUGAACAGUUUAAAGCAUGCUAAUGAUUCAAGUUCAUCCACAGAAAUUAGUUCCAAGGCAAAUUCAAUCAAGCAAAGGAAACCCAAACUUCUGUUGCCUCCUGCUGAGAGUGGUAGUGCAUCCACAAUGACUGUCCUCAAAGGGGAAACCCUGUUGCUUGAAUGUUUUGCUGAAGGCCUACCAACUCCACAGGUCGAGUGGAGCAAACUGGGUAGUGAAUUACCAAAGGGAAGAGAAACAAAAGAAAAUUAUGGAAAGACAUUGAAGAUAGAAAACAUCUCCUACCAUGACAAAGGAAAUUAUCGCUGUACAGCUAACAAUUUGUUGGGAAAAGCCAGUCAUGAUUUUCAUAUCAUAGUUCAAGAGCCUCCACACUGGAAAAAGAAACCUCAGAGUGCAGUGUACAGCACGGGGAGCAACGGCAUCUUGUUGUGUGAAGCGGAAGGAGAACCUCAACCCACAAUCAAAUGGAAAGUCAAUGGCUUCCCAAUUGAAAAUCAUCCAUUUCCUGGUGACGUUAUGUUCCCCAGGGAAAUCAGUUUUACAAAUCUACAACCAAACCAUACUGCUGUAUAUCAAUGUGAAGCCUCAAAUAUCCAUGGGACCAUCCUUGCCAGUGCCAAUAUUGACGUUGUAGAUGUUGUCCCACUGAUACAAACAAAGAACGAAGAAAAUUACGCAACGGUAGUUGGGUAUAGUGCCUUCUUACAUUGCGAGUACUUUGCUUCACCCAAGGCCACAGUAAUCUGGGAAGUGGCUGAUGAAGCACAUCCCCUUGAAGGUCAUCGGUACCAUACCCAUGAAAACGGCACACUGGAGAUCUACAGAACUACUGAGGAAGAUGCGGGAUCAUACUCUUGUUGGGUAGACAACGCAAUGGGAAAAGCCGUCAUCACAGCCAACUUGGAUAUUAGAAAUGCUACAAAGCUCAAAAUUUCUCCAAAGAAUCCUCGAAUCCCCAAAUCACAUGUGCUUGAACUACACUGUGAAAGCCAAUGUGACUCACAUUUGAAACACAGUUUGAAGUUGUCCUGGAGUAAAGAUGGAGAAGUUUUUGAAAUGAAUGGCACAGAAGAUGGCAGAAUAGUGAUUGAUGGAGCUAAUCUGACCAUAUCCAACAUCUCAGUAGAAGAUCAGGGUAUUUAUUCCUGUUCUGCUCAAACUGCUCUUGAUAGCAUUUCUGAGAAAACUCAAGUAACCGUCCUUGGUGUUCCAGAUCCUCCAGGAAACCUUCUCUUGUCAGAAAGACAAAACAGGAGUGUCCGACUGUCCUGGGAAGCUGGAGAUGACCACAACAGCAAUAUCAGUGAGUACAUUAUAGAAUUUGAAGGGAACAGAGAGGAACCUGGAAAGUGGCAGGAGCUAACUAGAGUCCAAGGAGUAGAAACAGAAGCUGUGUUAUCUUUGGCUCCAUAUGUGAGAUAUCAGUUCAGGGUCAUAGCUGUGAAUGAAGUGGGGAGAAGUUACGCCAGCCUUCCAUCGGACCAUCAUGAAACUCCACCAGCAGCUCCGGACAAGAAUCCACAGAACAUCAGGGUUCAAGCAUCUCAACCCAAGGAGAUGAUUAUAAAAUGGGAGCCUUUGAAAUCCAUGGAGCAGAAUGGGCCAGGACUGGAGUAUAAAGUGAGCUGGAAGCCCCAGGGAGCACCUGAGGAAUGGGAAGAAGAAACAGUUACAAACCACACACUGCGGGUGAUGACACCUACUGUCUAUGCUCCUUAUGAUGUCCAAGUCCAAGCCAUCAAUCAACUUGGCUCUGGGCCUGAGCCUCAGCCAGUGACACUCUAUUCAGGGGAAGACUAUCCUAGUACAGCUCCUGUGAUCCAUAGUGUGGAUGUUAUGAACAGCACAUUAGUUAAAGUUACCUGGUCAUCAAUUCCAAAAGAAACAGUACAUGGGCUUCUGAAAGGAUACCAGAUAAAUUGGUGGAAAACCAAAAGUCUGUUGGAUGGAAGGACACAUCCCAAAGAAGUGAACAUCUUAAGAUUUUCAGGACAGCGAAAUUCUGGAAUGGUUCCUUCCCUAGAUGCCUUUAGUGAAUACCACUUAACAGUCUUAGCCUAUAAUUCCAAAGGAGCUGGUCCAGAGAGUGAGCCUUAUAUAUUUCGGACACCAGAAGGAGUACCUGAACAGCCAAGUUUUCUCAAGGUCAUCAAAGUUGAUAAAGACACUGCCACUUUAUCCUGGGGACUUCCUAAGAAACUAAAUGGAAAUUUAACUGGUUAUCUUUUACAAUACCAGAUAAUAAACGACACCUAUGAGAUUGGAGAAUUAAAUGAAGUCAACGUUACUACUCCAUCUAAAUCUAGCUGGCAUCUCUCAAACCUCAAUGCAACGACCAAAUACAAGUUCUACUUGAAGGCAUGCACCUCGAAAGGCUGUGGAAAGCCAAUAAGUGAGGAAAGUGUCACUCUGGGAGAAGGGAGUAAAGGUAUCAGGAAGAUAACAGAAGGAGUAAAUCUUACCCAAAAGAUUCACCCUGUAGAGGUACUUGUGCCGGGAGCGGAACAUAUUGUUCACCUAAUGACUAAGAACUGGGGUGAUAACGAUAGCAUUUUUCAAGAUGUAAUUGAGACAAGAGGGAGAGAAUAUGCUGGCUUAUAUGAUGACAUCUCCACUCAAGGCUGGUUUAUUGGACUGAUGUGUGCAAUCGCUCUGCUCACACUGAUAUUGUUAACUAUUUGCUUUGUGAAGAGGAACAAAGGUGGAAAGUAUUCAGUAAAAGAAAAGGAAGAUUUACACCCAGAUCCAGAAGUUCAAUCAGCAAAAGAUGAAACUUUUGGUGAAUACAGUGACAGUGAUGAAAAGCCUCUUAAAGGAAGCCUUCGGUCCUUGAAUAGGAACAUGCAGCCCACAGAGAGUGCUGACAGCUUAGUGGAAUAUGGAGAGGGAGACCACUCCAUAUUCAACGAAGACGGAUCUUUUAUUGGCGCCUACACCGGAGCUAAGGAGAAGGGAUCUGUUGAAAGCAAUGGAAGUUCGACGGCCACGUUCCCACUCCGAGCAUAAGCACAGCACAUUCAUGCACCAUGGCUGGCUAGCCUAGACCUCCCCUGUCUCUUCUGGGGAGCAAAGCCUGUUACAAAGGAGUAGAAACACGUGUCCAGAGGUUGACAUUCUGGCAUUCUGCAAUUUUGCUGAGAAAAAUAGCACUGCCUUCAAAAAGAAAAAAAAAAAUCAAAAUCAGAUGUCAAACACUUCAAGCCUGUGUUUCAUUUUUGGUUUUGUUUUCUGGUGCUCAAAAUGCAGAACACAAAACAAAUCCUGUACUUAGAUCCACUUUGACUGAAUCCAAAGUUCCUGUUUCACGUACUCCACAUCUGCCUGGUUCUCCUGUUGAAUGUGUGUGCAUUAACGUUGCUAACUGUGUGGGUUUCUCUCUGGAUGCACAAUUGUACUUAGUUUGUAAGAACUAUUUUAGUGACUUUGAUUCACUACAGGUUAAAAGAUUGUAAGCAAGCAAGCAAGCUGGUUAUUUAAAAUGUAAAAAGGAAUAUGAAUGUCUUAUUAAACACUUCAUGGAAUCUAUACAGUCUAAAGUUAUUAUUUAAAAUUUUAGUAGUAAAAGUUGUAGAUGAUCUUGCAACACGUAUUUAUUGAGCUCCUAUUUGCCCAGAGGCUGCCAUCUUUAUGCAGAGUUACAAUGUUUUCAGUUUUUGGAUGAUUGUCUUUAAUUUCUGUCAGUAUGGUAACUCUGCAUCUUCCUUCCUUCCUUCCUUCCUUCCCUCCUUCCUUCCUUCCUUCCUUCCUUCCUUUCUUUCUUUCUUUCUUUCUUUUUCCUUCCUUCUUUCCCUCCUUCUUUCUCUCAUUUUUCAAGGUGGACUAACUGGAAUUGCAAAAAGAGUGGUGGUCAGGGGUUGGUUAUUUGAAAAACAGAAAGAAGAUGUUGAUGAUUGUAUUUUGUAUCUCCAUUUGUAUGUUCACAGCUUUUAGCCUUUAUGUUUAUAUACUGGUACCCUUGGAUAUAUUUCAUGGAUGCAUUGUACAUAUUAUAUUAAUAUUUACACAGUUUAAAACAUAGUGUUUUAUUUUGAAGUGGGAAAGAGAACAUUAAUAAGCAUGAGUGUACAGCUAGAGUGUAUAUAUAGUAGGAUGCAGUUUUUACCCUCCUGGGGCUAGUCAAAAUAACAUGGGGUUCUGGAUUCUAGAUUACAUGAAGAAUUGGAUUCUGUUCUUAUAUUUCUCUCCUUCACGUGUUCUUAAAGUGAAAUAUCAUAUAACCAUGAAGGGAAAUGCAUUCAUAUUUUUCAAAAUAAGUUUUGGAGUGGAUUCCUGCCCCAGUCCCCCACAAAGAAAAUUAUUUACAGUAGAAAUUCUUAUAUACCUGUUAGUUUAUAUAAUAUUGUAAAUGUAUUUGUGGUGAUAUCAUCAUUUUUUUUUUGUUUUUGUUCUGUCAAAGUUAGUACAGAGUCAGGGAACUUAGUUUCUGGCAUGUGGGCUACCAGUCCGUCUAAAAUGGUACUGAAGUUUUAGAAUGUUUUAGAAAUGCCUUGAAGGACUCUGCAUACAUAUAAGUAAAUAAUUGGUUAUUUCCUCUCUCAUUUAAUGGAAACUUUUAACCUCACCAUGAAAUUAUUAGCUAUGUUAGUGAUAUCGGCUCACAGAUUUAACUUUACUUUGUGCAAUUACUGGCAUAUACUGUUCAGUCUUCAUGUUUAAUUGAUAUGAUUCACUAUGUUUCUUGGGGGUUAAAAUCUUUGAUAUGUAAAAAUGAUGAAUGCAGUAAUGUACAUGAACAUACUUUUUAACCUCAUGUUUCUUCCAGAAUGCAUAGGCAGGAAAAGCUUGAUUUUUUCAAAACCAUGGAUCUCAAUGUUUGGCUACUCUCCUGGAAAUAGCAAAAGAAAUGGGGCAGACAUUUUUGUGCUCUAGCCUCUAUGAGUGUAAGGAUCCACACAUCCAGCUGUCCAAACUGACCCCCCCACCCCCACCACAUCUGAUAACUAAUGCACAGAUUGCUGGGGGAGCCAUCAACAUGUGCUAUUUUUAUGGGAGGAACUGUGGUACUGAGCUUCAUAGAAAAUAAAGGAUGUGACUGACAGUUAAUUGUGCUAUUAUUCUGCCUCUUCCUCCUUGUCAUCAGGCAAAAUGUAGUUUGGAAAGGGUCACAUGGGUUAAAAAUAAUAUCCAAAAGUUUAGAAUUGAUUCAUUAAGAAUUUAAUAAUCUUUAAGUCAGAAGUUGACACAAAUACUUACAUUUUUGUUCCAAAUGGACUUAAUCAUUCUUUUGUUAGCUGUUGAAAAAUGAGAUUCUGUUAUAACUCCUUUUGCUAGCCUCUGUGAACUUCUAAAUACUAUUUGGCUUCAUUUCAUUGUAAAUCUUCAGUAGAGCAGGAAAAGGUCUAUGGAUUCCUUUGAUUUUAAUUGUAGAACUACAAUAUUCAAUGUGUUCAAAGGAAAACAAAUCCAGUAGGUUAAAGUGGAUUUAAUUCUUUUUCUCUUAGACAAUGAGUGGGAGACUCUGUGAUGUGCAAUGAUAAUUGCAGAAGGGCAAUAAUUAUUUGGAAAAUGCCCUCUGAGUCGCAAGGCAGCUGCUAAUAUGUACAACUUUGCUCUUAAUUGGUUUUGCAGUAACUUUCUGUAGUCUACUGGCAAUAUGAUUUUAAUGUAAGUGAUUGUAUAUAAUCUCAAGGAUUGUCGAUGGGCAUAGUUUCAGAGAGAGCUGUUUGAGGGUCAGGAAAAUCCGUGUUCUCUUCCAGGUUCCAGCGCUGAUUUUACACAGAAACCUUAGGCACGUUGCUGAACUGCUUCACUUCAAACUGUGCUACAAAGUGCUAAUGUUCGUUAUCACAGGGUGUUCUUUUGUACGAAGAAACUUUACAAGUGAUACAAUCUAAGAUGCCUUUUAACUUCAUAACCCAACAUGGAAUCAAAUUAUGUAUCAAAAAGUCACCCCCACAUACACCAACUCAACUUUUUCCCCCUCUAAGCACAUAAAUAUAUUUUUAUAGAAAACGGAUCUACAGAAAAUAAACUAAAUCUACUGUUAAGUGAGGAGGACGAUUUGCACAUGCCAUUGAAAAUUAUUAAUCGGAAGAAAAUUAAGCAGGGUCUUUGCUACACAAAAGCAUUUUCCACUAAUUCUGCAUGCAUAUUUAUAAGAUGUGAAAUCAGUAGAUUUAUUCUCUUGGUAUAAAGGCAUCUGAUAUUUUAGAUGUACCCAUGUUUAUAAAAAACUGUAGAGCACAAUGGACUUAACGCUAUUUUAUACUCAUGGAAGAGAUAGAGGACAAUAAGGAGAGGUGUCGGCUGCUUUUCUAAGUGUUUAAAACAUAUUUGCCAAUUGAAACCCUAAAUAUGUUUACAUGCCAUGAAGGCGUAAUUCUUGUAACAACUUUAAAUUGGUUGUGAUAGGACUGGUUUGUGGUCUGUGGUAGUAGAUGUAUCCUAGUAUUCCUAUAGUGAGAUAAGUAGGGCUGAGCCAAUGCUACUUUUGUUUUGUGUCUUCAACUGACUGCAUCAUCAAGAGACAAAAGGUACAGAGAGCAGGCUCACCCAGUUAGCUUUUCUGUUCUUACUUAGAUUAAUGUUCACAUUAGACCUUUAUUCAAAUGUGUUUGUGUUGUAGAUGGUGUUUGUAUUAUGCUUAUGGAUAUGUAUGGUUCAAAACUAUUUUCAUUACACAUGGAAUUCAGCUUUCAAAUAAAAGUUUGACUUCAUGUA